AUGAUCAAAAAAGUUAUAUUUUCCCUCAUUUGUCUACAAGUUUUUGCUGCUCCAGACUUCGAAAAUUUGGCGGAAUUCAAAAAAUUCGUCAAAGAUUUUGAUAGAAAAUAUCAAAAUGAAGCGGAGUUUCAAAAAAGAUUUGAGAUUUUUUCUGCGAAUUUGAACCUUAUUCGACGAUAUAAUCAAGAAGAUUUCGAAAAAGGAAUCAGUUAUUCAAUUAAUGAUUUUGCUGAUUUAACAGAAGAAGAAUAUCAACAAAAUUAUUUGAUGAAUCCAACCAAAAAAGAAAAUUCGAAAAAAAAUAUUGUAGACAGUUUUGGAGGAGUUAUCCCAAAUUCAAUUGAUUGGAGAAAUGUGAAUAAUCAAAACCACGUUUCAUCGGUAAAAUAUCAAGGAAAAUGUGGAUCUUGUUGGGCAUUUGCUGUUGCACAAUCAAUUGAAUCAGCAGUUAGUAUUGCUUCAGGAACCACAAAUCCAGAAUCACUUUCUUCGCAACAAAUUUUGGAUUGUACUCCCAAUUCUGGAAAAUGUCAAGGUGGAGAACCAUUGGAUGCAAUUGAAUAUGUUAUUGAACAUGGUGGUUUGACAACUGCAAAGAGUUAUCCAUAUUUAUUUUUUAGCACUAAAUGUAGAGAGGAUAAUAAACAGAUUGUGGUAGGCUUCAAAAAUUUGGGCCAACUUUUUUUUUCGAAAAAUUGUUCAGAAAUUUCAAAAAUUGUUGAAGUGUUUGAUUUUUAGCCUCAUUAUUGAAAAGUUAAAAAAAAAAUUCAAAUUUUUGCCUCGCAUUCAGAUUUUUCCAGAAAAUCCAAAGUUUCCCUCAAUUUUUCAGGCCAAUAUUUCAACAUAUCUUCUUGGCUCAACCGAAGAUCAUAUUGCUCAACUGGUUGGUUCAAAAGGUCCAGUUGUAGUUUGUGCCAAUUUUGCCACCAACAAGAAUCGCUUUUAUCAUGGUGGAAUUGCUGAAGAUCCGGAGUGCGGUGUAAGUUUUCUAUUCUAUGAAUUCCAGCAAACCUCCAAAUUUUUCAGACUGAACCAACUCAUGCUUUAAUUGUUGUUGGAUAUACACCAGAUUAUUGGAUUUUGAAAAACACCUACAGUACGAUUUGGGGUGAAAAAGGAUAUAUGCGAGUGAAAAGAGGUGUUAAUUGGUGUGGAUUGACAACUGAAAAUUCGAUUUUGCCAAUUGUUUAA